AUGCAGUGUGAGCCGUUCGAGGGGUCUGAGGACUCAGACCUGGUGCAGGACAUAUUGGAGGCAGGACCUCGCGGUGCUUUGCACAAGACGAUCCAUGAAAAGAUUGUCAAGGGCGAGAACUCGUUCGCACUUGCCGAGGCACAGGCGAAUCUGCAAAGGCUCCACGAGGCCGGGGAUCAGGAAGGCGUUGCGACCCUGCUCGUGGCAGAGGCAGAGUGUCUUUCCGCGUUUCGAAACUGGAAUGCGGCGGUGGGGGCCGCGACCGAGGGAUUGCUGCUGGCACGGCAGCUUUCAGUCAGGUCGCUGGAAUGUUAUGCGUCUUUUGCAGUCCUUCCUUAUGCAUACCUGCAGCUGGGGGAGUCAGACAAAGCAUCUGAAGCUGCAGAAAGCGCUUAUGCCCUCUGCCGUCAAAUGGUUGACCGGAAGAUGCGGGCGAAAACUUGCAUGGUGGUGGCCAGAACUCUUCAGAUGGUCGCAUCGUCGGAUGCAGAGACUUGCAUUCGGGAGGCGCUGUCGAUUUUUCGGGCAUUGGACGACCGAGCCGGAGAAGCUGCAGCGCAAUGCACUCUUGCUCAGGUCUUGAUUGCAAGAAGUGCAUGCCAGGAAGCUGUGAGGCCUGCAAGAGAGGCCGUGCGCCUUUCCGCUGGCCGAAACGCUGUUGCAGCAGAAACCUACGUUGCGGCUCUGCUCGGCUGCGGCCGACACUCAGAGGCAAGGCAGGCGGCCGAGAGCGCUUUGGCUGAAGCACGGCAAAGCGGACACAAGGACGGGGAAGCUGCCAUGCUCGCCUCUUUGGCACAAACCGUAGAGAAGGAUAGCUUGGAGUCUGCACUCUCGCUGGUCCAGGAAGCUUUGCAGCUUUUUCAGCAGAUCCGUCUGAAGACAGCUGCAAAGGUUUAUUUGGAGGCCAGCAAGAUACUCUGCAGCAGUGGGCUGAUGGAUGAGACUCUUUUGCAUGCGCAGGAGGCUCUCGUAUUGUUUGGGCGUGCACGAGACUGGCUUGGAGAGAGAUCUGCCAAUGCGGUUCUCAGUGAGGUGUACAGCCGUCGUGGUGAGCCGCAGCUGGCACCCAACAGGCCUGAGGCCAUGCGACUGGUGAAGGAUAUGGCCCAGGCUGUACAAGAGCGGAAUGCAGACCAGUUUCACAGUGCUGCAGAAAGAUACGCUACCCUGGCUGUGUCCAGAGCACCUGUGUCUACAGCGGAACAUCGUGAAAUCUUCAAAGGCAUCCUGCGGAGGGACGUGGGGGCCUCCGGAGAUUUCAUCCGUGCAAAUGCAGUGGCAACGACGUCCUCUGCGACGGCUGUGGGCACCACUUUCAAGGGAGCAGAGAAGACGGCGUUCUACAUGAACUUCCGCAGCUCGGGCAUCGCCUACGGACCUAGGUACCGUGCUGUUGAUGUGGCGCUGGGUCGUACGACUCCUGGGAAAGGCGACGACUUUGAAGCCCAUGCCUACGCCGUAUACCAGAUACAAGAGGACGCAGAUGAUUGGGAAAAGAAGCUCAGUGCGCAUCCGUCGCUGCUCGAUGCGGCCUUGCAGUCGAGCUGCGGAGCGCAGGAGCUGCCGAUGUUGUUGUCUCGGAUUGCUCGCUCGGUCAUCGCUCCUCUAGAGCGCAACAUCAAGCCAGAUGAGUUCAUCUCUUUCAAUGGUGGAGGACUUCACGGGGCCUUCGAGAUUCCAAAUUAUCGGCGCGCGCCAUUCUGGAAGUAUUUCUGGGCACAACACUUCGUGACUCGCCAGCACGUUUUCAAUGUUCAUCACACUGGAUACAUUGUGCUGUGCGUUUUCUUCUGGUGGACUGGUGCUUUCUCCACCGCACCAAUCGAGCGCAGAGAGAAAUACUACAUGCAUUCGCCAAAGUUUAGGCUCCAGACGGCGUACGCCAAUCCAGGCACCAGGCCAGCGGCAAAGAUUGCACAGGAGCAGGCGAAGGUGCGAUAUUUCUAUAGGGGCCACGAUCAUGCCUUCACUCUCAACGAGCUGAAAGACUUUUACUUCAAGCUGCGCGAGAACUGGCUCAUUCAGCACUACCCAGGCAUCCAGUAUCCAUUCGUCCAUCGACAGAUGAUCCCGGAGAAGACGGCUGAUCCUCUGAAGGUGCCUAUCUCCGAUCCGCUUCAGCCUGGACAGGGACAUUGA